GUGGCCCUGGGCGGCCUGCCCCCCGGCGGCGGCUCGCACCCGCAGCACUACGGCCGCCUGCCCGGGACCAUCUGGAGCUACACGCAGGUGCGGCGCACGGGCGGCGGCGGCGUGGAGACGGUGCAGGGCCCCGGCGUGUCGUGGGUGCACCCCGACGGCGUGGGCGUGCAGAUCGACACCAUCACGCCGGAGAUACGCGCGCUCUACAACGUGCUGGCCAAGGUGAAGCGCGAGCGCGACGAGUACAAGCGGAGGUGGGAGGAAGAGCUUGCCAAGCGCAUGAACCUCCAGACCAUGGUGGACACGCUGCAGGAGGCGGCACAGGAGGCUGAAGCCAUCCAGGAGGAGAUGAACGAGAAAAUUGAGCGGCUCAAGGCCGAGCUGGUGGUGUUUAAGGGGCUCAUGAGUGACCCCAUGACAGACCUGGACACAAAGAUCCAAGAAAAGGCCAUGAAGGUGGACAUGGACAUCUGCCGUCGAAUCGAUAUCACGGCCAAGCUGUGCGAUGUCGCACAGCAGCGGAACUCGGAAGACGUGUCCAAGAUCUUCCAGGUGGUCCCUAAAAAGAAAGAGCGUAAGGUGGCCUCUGACGAUGACAUCUCCGAGCAGGACGGGGAGGUGAACCGGUUCUCAGAUGACGAGGUCGGCUCCAUGAACAUCACGGACGAGAUGAAACGCAUGUUUAACCAGCUGCGUGAGACCUUUGACUUUGACGACGACUGUGACAGCCUGACGUGGGAAGAGAACGAGGACACGCUGCUGCUCUGGGAGGACUUCACCAACUGCAACCCGACCAUUGACCUGCAGGGCGAGCAAGAGGAGAAUUUGGGCAACUUGAUCCAUGAGACAGAAUCCUUCUUCAAGACAAGAGACAAGGAGUACCAGGAAACGAUCGGCCAGAUCGAGCUGGAGCUGGCCACAGCCAAGAGUGACAUGAACCGGCACUUGCACGAGUACAUGGAGAUGUGCAGCAUGAAACGUGGCCUGGACGUGCAGAUGGAGACCUGCCGCCGGCUCAUCAAAGGCUCCGCUGACAGGAAUUCACCGUCCCCCAGCUCCGUGGCCAGCAGCGACUCAGGAAGUACAGACGAGAUCCAGGAUGAGUUUGAGCGGGAGGCGGAUGUGGAGCCCAUGGUCAGCUGAUGACUGAGGCCCCCCCUGUGCCUGGUGGUCUCGGUGACGGGGCCUCUGCCCCCGCUCCCCGUGGGGCCGGGAAGGCUCCUCAGAGCAGGGCUCCAGUCCUCACCACACCGACUCCCUCUGCCCUCCCGUCUCCGGAGGCCCCGAGGGACCGCUGCUUCCUUCCUUCCAGCCCACCACCAACCAGUGCCCCUUCUCCAUCCACCCACCCAAGGAAUGGUGCUGUCGAUUUCUAUUGUUCUCCACAUCACAAAUGCAGACUUCUGUCCGGACGAUGCAGAGUUAACUGUGCCUUUUCCCCUAAGCUGAGCCACUUUGAGCUCCAAAGAAUUAUUCCUAGCAGGUGUUUUUAUACAAAACUCUAAGGUGAGGGCGGGGCCCCUGGCAUGGUAUAAUAUGGAUUUCUACCCUCCCACCUGCUCCUCUGAUUGGCCGUGAGCUAUGCCCUUCCCUCCUCUGCCUGGCCAGUGCAGACCUGAGUUGGCCUUGGGGUGGUCCACCCCCCCCCCCCCCCCCCCAGGAAGGAGCUGUUUGCCUUUGCAACCUUUCUAGGCCUGGGUGGGGGGCUCUCAAGUGCUUUAACUUGAAAAGAUGGAAGGAGGGAGGGGAGACAAAAUUUUCUUUUUUUUCUUUUUUUGGAUCGAGUGGCAAAGUGGAGGGACAAGGCACUGUGGGGGGGGGGGGGGAGUGGAGACUCACUGUGUUUAAACUACUAUGCAAAAAACAAACAAACAAACAAACAAACAAAAAAAGCAGCUUGCCUUAUAUCAUUGUGGAAGGUAGGCUCCCGCCCUGACUCCUGGUUUUCCCCCGGAGCUCGGAGGGAGGCUGAAGCUAGGGCGAGCUCUCUCGCAACCUCCUCGGGUGAGCACUGACUUGGGAGGGGGGUUCUGUCACGGUUGGUAGUGAGGCCUGGGUCCUGCAAGGCCCUUGGCCCACCUGACUGCUUGCUCUCUUGGGACCUCUGUGGGGUGGGAGGGGUCUUCUAUUGCCCUGGUCAUUGGCAAGUAAACACGUUUUGUUUUCUUGAUGUUUUUCUCUCCCUUCCCAGCCAAUGAUAAGGGGCUAUAGGUCUGUAAUUUCUCUGUGAGAAAGUCUGAAGGGGGCUAGGUCUGGUAUCUGCCCCCUCCAUAGUGGAGCUGGGUUCCUACCUCCCGCCGCCAUCUUGGUUCUCCACUGCCCCCGGUUGUCCACUUCUUGGCCACUGGCUGACACUGGAAAGGGAAGGGGAGGGAGGCAUCGAGGGCUGCUGGCAGAUCAGAGGUGGUGGCAGGAGUGGAGCUCAUCUCUGGAUGAGAGCCAUCCUUGUUCUGCUCAUGGACACCCGCAAGCCUGUUUCUAUUCUUCACUUGAUUGACCG